AUGUACGGGGGAGCAGUAUGGGAAGAAGGUAACCACAGCUUCCAAGCAGAAUUUGUGUUAUUGGGAAUGGCUGACCGCCCACACUUGGAGAUGUUUCUCUUUGGUCUUGUCCUGAUCUGCUACACGAUGACCCUGCUAGGCAACACGACCAUCAUUGUGGUGUCAUGGCUGGACCCCCAUCUCCACACCCCCAUGUAUUUCUUUCUCACUAAUCUCUCUGUCCUUGAUCUUUGCUUCACCACCAGUGUGGGCCCUCAGAUGCUGGUGAACUUCUGGAGGAAAAGCAAGACCAUCAGUUAUGGUGCCUGUGUGGCCCAGCUCUACAUCUUCCUUGCUCUGGGCUCCACAGAAUGUAUUCUUUUGGCUUUCAUGGCCUACGACCGCUAUGCUGCCAUUUGCCACCCGCUGCGCUACGGUGCCAUUAUGAGCCAAUCCCUAUGCUUCAAAAUGGCUGCCGUUUCCUGGAUUAGUGGCUUAACAACCUCAGUGGUGGAGACGGUAAUGACUCUUCGCCUCCCGCGGUGUGGACAAAACCGGGUGGAUCACUUUUUCUGCGAGGUGCCAGCCUUAAUCAAGUUGGCCUGUGUUGACACCUCUCUCAAUGAGGCUGUGCUCUUUGCUUCCAGUGUAGUGUUCCUUGUAGUACCACUAGGACUCAUUAUGGUCUCAUACGGCUACAUUGUAGUUGCUGCGCUGGCAAUCCGCUCAGCUGAGGGCAGGCAAAAGGCCUUCAACACCUGUGCCUCCCACUUGAUUGUGGUGUCCCUGUUUUAUGGGACGGCCAUUUUCAGUUACCUCCAGCCCCCGUCCAACUACUCCCGGGAUCAGGGCAAGAUGGUUUCCCUUUUCUAUACAUUUGUUGUCACCAUGUUUAAUCCAUUAAUCUAUACGCUGAGGAACAAAGAGGUACACAAAGCUCUGAGAAGAGUAAUGAAGCGGAAUUAA